UCGAGUGGGAAGAUGCGUUUGAGUCCAACUCGUGUGAUCGAUAUCCUAUGGUUUUUGUUGUGUUUAUGUUUUUUUCUGGCUUUUUUAGUGCACAGAUUCUCACGUAUUUUGCCGGCAAUACUAAAGAACUCCCCAGUCCAGCUUUUGUUCCAGGAUCUUAUUCGAUACGGCAAAACUAAGCAGCGGUUAAAACGAGACAACUGGCUGCGCAUCUUUGAUAUCCCAAAAAGAUGGUUCUGGCACUUUUAUGCAGUCUCCCUUGUUUGGAAUGGCCUUCUGUUGGCCCUGUCCCUUAAUUUGAUAUUAAGGGACGAGCCAUAUCCAUUAUGGUUAACUGUGAUGUCGGGAUAUUUAACAGGCAUACCAGCGGUUGAUAGUCAAACUCCAAAGGUGUCUACUUUACUGGUGCUGCUGCUGCUGUGGAUCCAUUCUCUCAGGAGACUGUUGGAGUGCCUGCUUGUCAGUGUGUUUUCUGAGGGGCCCAUUCAUAUGGUGCAAUACAUAUUUGGCUUGGCCUAUUAUAUCAUACUGGGGGUAACAGUCCUCUGUGCAGACCAUCUGAGGACUGUUGAAGAGACAAGCACUCUCCUCUCCCAGCUAGGCUGGCUACACGUUGCUGGGACCGCACUCUUUAUUUGGGCCUCACUGCUUCAACACCGCUCCUUGGUGCUGCUAGCUAAGCUUCGUACCGGAAGUUCAGGAACAGUGGAGACACUGGCUCACAGAAUACCGAAUGGAGGGUGGUUUGAGCUGGUGUCAUGUCCCCAUUACUUUGCAGAGCUGCUUGUCUAUGUUUCACUGAGUUUGGUUUUUGGAGGCCUCUCUCUUACUUGUUGGCUUGUUGUCCUUUAUGUUCUCUUUAACCAGGCACUUGCAGCACAACUUUGCCAUGAGUUUUAUCUUAGCAAAUUUGAAUUUUAUCCAAGGCAUCGCAAAGCAUUUAUACCGUUUGUAUUAUGACUUGCCAGCGGUGCCAUCAGUGUCUCCCUUUGUGCAAUUCUUUACUGGGAAUGAAAAAAUGGUAACUGAAUGUUAGAGAAGCUGGCUUGAGACAAAUAGGUCACAGGUUUGGAACCACAGAAAAUGUUAGCAGGGGAAGUGAGCAACAUUAAGGUACAAUCUCAAGAAAUUUCGAAUAAAUACAGUGUAAUGUUUAUCUAUGUAUUCAACAAAUGUAAUGUCUAUAUGCAUUCAUUAGGCAAUGGAAAGAAGAACUGGAGUUGGUCCCCGGGUGCUACAGCUGCCACUGCUCCUAUACAAUAGGAUGGGUUAAUUGCAGAGAACACAUUUCGUUGUAACCUGUACAGUCAGUCAGUCAGUCAAUCAAUCACUCAAGCAAUCAAGUCGCACAAUGACAAAACAAAGUGGUUCUCCUUUUUUCUUUAUUUAUUAAAAAGUAACUUCUCA